AUGGAUCCACGGGGUAAUCCAGUUGUUGACCCAUCAAAAUUGGAUUUCGAAGCUGUAACAAAUUUGCUUCCAAGACAGGCUACUUUCAACACAAGAAGGUUAUCUGAUAAAGAAUAUUUGCCGGAUUUGGAAAGCAAGAUAAGAGAAGUCUGUGAAGCAAGCCUACCAAAGGUGGUAGAAAUGAAGAAGAGAAAAGAAGAAGAGCUAAGAAAGCUGGUUGAAAAAGUGAAGAUUAAUGCAAAGCUUGCUGCUGAAGAGGAUCAGAAAGCUGAAGAAGAACAGAAGAAGAAAGAAGAACCGGUGCUAAAAGAGAUUGAUGAAAAGAUUGAGAAUUUGAAGCUUGUUAGUGAUGAUGGUGCUGGUGACGAGAAGAAGGAAGAGCUGAAGCAUAAAGAGACAGCUGAAGACACUGAGGUGCCAAUCACUGAGGUGCUCAUCGGAACCACAGACUGUGAGAUUGCAAACUGGAGCAACCUGGCACAUGGAGGGGAGGAAGAGGUUGCAGGACCCUGGUUUGGUUGA